GGGAUGACGGCGAAUUACCGUUGUCCCUGGUGGAACGACACUCGGAAAAAGGAUGGUUAUAGGGAUUUUUAGUAUUGUGUAUUAUUUGUUUGGAUUGAAAGUAGUCAGUGGUUAUUAAUGUCUGGGAAAAGAAAGAAGGCAAGGUUUGGAGUGAAUUGUUGGAAUCUAUUUGACACUUGGACAUGUGGGUUUGUCGUGUUGAUUCUCUUAAGAUGACGGGAGGAAAUGCUGAUCCCGCAAAUAGUAAUGCAGGGGAUCGUCGCAACGAUAUUCUGGAACUCGCACGAGCCAUUCGUGAGGCCGAUAAUCAGAAGGCGCAACUGCCAAAGAUUCAAGUUCCCCUCUUCGAUGGCACUAAUGCCUCAGCAUGGGCGGACAAGUUUGAACAAUUGGGCAGUUGCUGCGAAUGGUCGAGUGAGAAGAUGCUUCAAAUGGUGAAGCGAUAUUGUAUGGUCGAGUACAAAGAGGAGGUGUCGGAGUUGGUGCAAGCUUCGCGCGACUGGACGGACUUCAAGGCCAAAUUAUUGGACAAGUACCAAUUGGGGGAUCAACUGCUCGAUCUGGCGGACUUACGGAAAGUCAGCCGUCGGAAAUUUGGUACGGCCAAGCAGUUUCUCACGGAGUUCGAACGAGUUGCGCGCUUAGUGCCUGAUCUUCCUGAUAAGGAUCGGUGCCUCAUCUUCCUCAAAAACUUUUCAGAAGUUGAGCAGCGAGAACUGAUAAAGGAUAUGACUGGACGAUACGACUGGCCAAAGAUCAAGGAGAAUUUGUUGGCUGGAAGUUUCGACCAGAUGCUUUACCGUCUCCUGAAGCAGCAAAAGGAGGACCGCGAGAAGGAAGGGGUAAGCGCGGACAAGGAUCAAGCCGUUUACAAAACCUUGACUGAUAUGCGGAACAUGAUGGCUGACAUGAAGGAGGAAAGGUUGAAGUUGCAAGUAAUGAUGGUCCAAACAAAGGGUGGAAAAAGGAAGGGAAAAGCUCCCGUCGUGGAGGAGGUGAGUAGUAGCAGCAGCGAAGAGGAAGAUGAGGAGGAAGUGGAGCCCGCUCGAAAAAUGACCAAGGCAGAACGAAAGGCUCUGAAUCAAAUACGAGGAGGGCAAGGCACUAGCAAAAGGCAACGAAACAAUAAUGGAGGAGGUGGACAAGGAAGCAACCAGGAACAGGCGACGCAGACCCCUCCUCAGCAACCCCAACCUCAGGCAGGAGGCCGGGGCCGAGGUCGAGGUAGAGGCUAAGGCAAUCGAGGAGACCGAGGAAAUGGGGGCGGCCGAGGCAAUUGGCAGAAUUGGUUUUGCAAGUACUGUGGCCAAGAUGG